AUGUAUUUUUAUAUAUUAAUAAUAACUAAUUAUUUAUUAUUAACAUUGGAAGGAUUAAUAAAUAUAUCUAAUAUUUCACCUAAUAUUUUACUAGAAAAAUUAUUAUUUAAUGAUCAAUCAAAUGAUAGAAUAAGAUAUAAAUUAUCAACAAAAUUUUCUAUAAAAGCUAAUGCUGUUGGAGAUAAAUGUAUAUCACAUUUUGAUUGUAUUCAUUUUAAUGCUGGUUGUGCUUUUGAUCAACAAUCUAAAAAUGGUGUUUGCCUUUUUUUAUGUGAUAAAAAUAAUUUAAAAACAAUAAAUUCUUGUAAUGAAAGAGAGAUAUGUAAGGAGAUACCUGAUAGUUUUACUAAUAAAAAACUUUAUCUUCCAUUACCAAUGUGUAUUCCUGUUGAAUGUAAAAAUGAUAAACAAUGUGAAAAUAAUGAAUCAUGUCAGGGAAAUCGUUGUAUUGGUAAUAAAUUAAUUACUAAAAAUUUGGUAUGUAAUACAAAUGAUGAUUGUAAUGAGGAUGAGACUGUUUGUGAUAAAGAUGAAAAAAUUUGUUCCUCAGUUCAAUGUUUUAUUGAUGAUGAUUGUACUUAUUAUGAUGGUAUUUGUAAUACAAAAACAAAUACUUGUAUCCAAAUUCCACAAAAUUGUAAAACAAAUGAAGAUUGUAUAUCAAAAUCAUAUGUUUGUGAUACAUUAAUACAAACAUGUGUAUUAGAAGGUAUUUUUUCAAAUUAUUAUUGUCAAAAUCAUAAUGAUUGUCAAAAAAAUAAUUCACAUUCUUUGGUUUGUGAUAAAUCUCGUAAUGUUUGUAUUACUCCACCAAGUUGUAAAAAUGAUAUUAAUUGUCAAAAAACUACAAAUUAUUGUGACAAAAAUUCAUUUACAUGUAGUGUAAAUGAAUCUAAAACUCUUGUUUUUAGUAGACCACCAAAAUUUAAUAAUGGUAAAACUAAAGAAUAUGAAACUCAAGUACAUCUUCAAUCUAAAGAUUAUGUAUGCUUUAGUGAUAUAGAUUGUGCUAUGAAAAAUCAUUUUUGUGAUAUAUCUACAAAAAGAUGUAGAGAAAAUAAAAAUGAAGAAUUUGUUCAAAUUGCAAAUACAAUCUCUGAAAUGUUAACAUUAAAAACUUCAUGUUCAGAUGUGGCAGGAAAUUGUAAAAAGUAUAUUAAAAAUUGUAAACAUCCAAAAUAUAAGAGUAUGAUGGAAUAUGCCUGUGCAAAGACCUGCCAAUAUUGUACUGAUUCACCAAAAAUAAGAAAACAUUCAAGAAGAAUUACUUUACCAGUAGAAAAUAAUAUUAUAUCAAAAAAAGAAACAACAAAUGUUGUAACAAUAUGUAAAGAUAAUAUAAGAUUUCGCCAUCAUGUAAUUAAUUGUGAAGAAAGGAAAAGUUUAUGUAAACAAAAAAUUUACUAUGAAUUUAUGAGAGUUCAUUGUUCAAAAACAUGUGGUUUUUGUAUAGAUGAACCUGUUGAAUAA